GCAGUAGUAUUGCUAAGUGUGGCCAUACUACUCGUCCUCACAGGUCAUAUCGCGUCAUCUCGUGUUCACCGCCAACCGCUUCGCUAUGUUAUAAGAUUUUUUCUUUUUCCGAUUUCAUUUCAUUACGUCGCUUUUUAUAGUUCGUGGUGAUUUUUUCGAUAAUUUCAUUGUGCACGGAUAUGUUUCGGACUGUGUGUUGAUAAAAAUGUACCGUUUGUUACAAAUUCCAGCUCAAUACUGCGGCCAAGCCGCCUAUUUUGGAAAAUUCUACGCAGGAGUUUGAAGAUUUCUAUAACAGACGCAGAAGCUGGCGACGAAUUCGAGACGCAUGCGGCAGGAAAUACUCAACAUCUACGUUUCACUUACCAACUUUUUGAAUUUGUACUUCGUUGAAAUACCGAAAACCAUCAAAAUGAAGAUCAACGGCACCAAAAACAGUAUGUUAUCCGUCACGGCGAAGACGGAGAGGCGACGUGAAGGCAAAAAAUUCAGACAAUACUUGGCAGCUAUUGCAGCCACCAUUGGACCAUUCGCCGUUGGUACUGUUCUGGCUUGGACAUCGCCGGUUGAACCGUUGCUGACGAACAUAACGGCUCACGAACCCGGCCCUUACCUGACACAAGAUCAAGCAUCAUGGGCAGGAUCGCUGAUCGCCAUCGGAGCUGUAUUUGGCUCGUUACCCGCCAGUUGGGGUGCAGAUUUCGUCGGAAGGAAAACGGCGAUAGCAACAUUGGCUAUACCGUUUUUGAUAUCGUGGGUGAUAAUUAUCGUGGCUAAGUCGGUCGAACUGCUAUACCUGGCUAGGCUUAUAGCAGGUGGAGUGAUCGGCGCUGUGACCGCCACCGUUCCUAUGUAUAUAGGGGAGAUCGCCGAAACAUCUGUUAGAGGCGAAUUAGGAUCAUAUAUUCAGUUGAUGGUUACCAUGGGAAUAUUAUACGUUUAUGUGAUAGGAUCGUUCGUUGAUUACGUGAUGUUAAACAUCUUAUGUGCGAUCGUACCAAUUGUUUAUUUAAUUUUCUUCAUGGUCGUCGCGCCCGAAUCACCUACAUUUUUAAUGCGUAAAAAUCGCAGAAAAGAAGCCGAACAGUCGUUACUGGUAUUGCGAGGCGAUCAAUACGAUAUAUACAGCGAAUUGGACGAAAUCCAAGAACAAAUCGACGAAGAAAGGAAACGCCAGCAAUCGUUCAAAGAUUUAUUCUCUAGCAAAGCUGUAAUCAAGGCGACGAUCGCGGUAAUGGGCCUGCUAAGUUUCCUAUCGUUCAGCGGCAUCAACGUCGUCAUAUUCUACGCGAAGAAAAUCUUCGAAGCCGGUGGCACCAAAGUACCGGCCGAUCUCGCUACCAUCAUCAUCGGCUCCGUGCAAGUAAUCAUGACUUACGCUUCCGGUCUACUGGUAGAUCGAGCCGGACGACGAGUGUUGCUUUUGAUCAGCGACUCGAUCAUGGCCUUAUGUAUGUUAGCCUUAGGAACGUAUUUUUACGCCAAAGAGAAUAAAUACGACGUCGAAAACUUCGGCUGGGUGCCGCUAGUUAGUCUUUCCGUUUACAUUAGCGUAUUCUCGCUGGGUUUCGGACCCAUUCCCGGUAUCAUGAUGGGCGAAUUAUUCUCACCCGAAGCCAAAGGUGUCGCGUUAGGAGUUGUCUGCAUUCUAGCAUCGUUAUUAGAAUUCGUCGUCGUCAAAGGGUUCCAAAACUUGGUCGAUUGGGUGAAUUUCGGUAUCACGUUCUGGAUAUUCGCCGGAUUCUGCGUGAUCGGAUUCUUAUUCGUGUACUUCUUGGUGCCCGAGACGAAGAACAAAUCGUUGCAAGAAAUCCAAGACGAACUUAGCGGUAUUAAGAAGAAAAAGAAGAAGGGUAAAAAAGUCAACGGAGCUCAAGUCACCAAAACACCGAUCGUCGUUAAUCAACAGCUUACAACUACCAACGCUACGAACGCCGUUUAAGUUCGCGAAAUACCGCCAAUCGAAGUGUAUUCACGAGAAACGAAGCUACCUUUUUUUUUCUUUUUCUUUUUGUACUACUAUUACUGGUGAUACAUUUUCAAAUGUAAUGUUCGUUGAAAAGGCUACUCUACAAUCAGCCUUCUUCGUAGUUCAAAACAAAAAACCGAGCCCGUGAAAACAGUCAUUCGUAUAUUAGCUUUUUGUUGUAUCCUCUCUACAUCGGUUUUAUUACUCUAUCCUCGUCCUCCCCCCCUCCCCCUUCAGGUCCGAUGUGCCCUUUUUUCGUCUCCUUUGUUAAUAUCGUUAGUACUUCGUACGUACGUACCUUACUUGUUUUAUCUGUAUUACUUUUACGUUGUUUUUAUAUAAAGCCACAAUAAAAGUGAAAAAAAAAACGAACAGGUUUGUGAUGUUGAAAAUUUGUGUGCGAAGUUUGACUUUCGAAAAUCAUCGUCAAUGUUGAAUAUAAAUAUCAAAAAAAAAUUAUACCCCGGUGAGAUAUUUUUUCACCAUUAUUAACGAACCCUAUGCAUUUUUUUUUACACAGAUAAUCGACCAUAAUUGACUGAUUAUGUCAAAUAGACGGAAGGGGUACGUGUUAGUGUGAUGUUUUUUUUCUUUCUCUUCGAGUCCCUCUUUUUUUAUGCGAAGGGGGAAGAAAAGUAACAUUAAAUUGUUUUAUUUUUAUACAUUUUGUCAGUGUUUACAUCGUAAGUAAAAAAAAAAUUAGGGUUAUUUUUUAAACUGUAAAUACUUUUAUAUUUCUUUUUCGAGUAAAAGUAAAAUUUAAACGCUACGCUGAAGAAAAAAAAGGUAGUAGGUAAAAUGAAAGUUAGUCUUUCUUCUUUUUUUUGUAUUGUUUAAUUUUUACAUUGUAUUUGUUUAAUGAUAAAAAGUAAUUUUACUCGUUUACUCGUGUCGCUCGAGUUGGAUGUACACGAAUUUUAUGUAUUUUUAUAUUAUUUAACUUACCAAUUUAUUUUAUUAGCAUUUUGGAAUUUUUAUGUACGUGUGGUGCGACAUGCCCGGAAAUAGUAAUAAGAUUUUUUGCGUCAAUUUACGUAUAAUUUUUUCCCCCUUUUUUGUUUUUAGUCUAGUUUGUAAGCCUUUUAAACUUAAUAACCUAAAAUUCGUACGUGUAUUUUUUUUUAUUUCGUAUUAUUAUUAUUUGAAAGAGUAUAGUUAUUAAUCAAAAUUUUUUUACAGUAGUGAAAUAUUUUAUUGUAUGUUGAAAUUGUGCCAUUGUUCCCUUCCUCCUCUUCCUCAUCAUCUUGUUCCAUCUUAAUCUUAAUUCCUUGAUGUGAUCGGUUUGAUUUUUUUGUCGUCGUUGUUAAAGCGUUCUAAGGUGUUUUUUUUCUAUGUAUUAUUUUUUUUUUUAAACGAGGAAUUUGAAAUAUUUAUUUUUUUUUAGACGAGAUUUUAUUCGUCGUUCGUGUAAUUUAAUUCUGGCGGAAAUUGUUACGAUAACGGUUUCCGGUGUGAUAAUAGUACAUUUAAAAUGCUUAAUAAUGUUAUUCGAUAUUUUUAUUAAUAUUAUCAGUGUGAUGAUUCAAAUGUUGCGGAUUGGCUCUUUAUUUUAUUGGGAUUUUUUUUUCAAAAAUUUAUUCUCGUGUCCUUGGGGGGGGGGGUCUUUUUUGUUGGAAAUUAUUUUUGAUAAAUUAUGUUUUGAAAUACUUAUUACCUAUUUUAUAUGACGAAUUUUAAUUCAAAACUCGUAAUAUAAUUUUUAAAAAUUCAUUAUUGUAACAUAAAUGAAAUUAAAAUGUCAAAAUUAUCGUUACAAUUUUGAGAAAGAGGAAAACACAGAGUGCUGUGAUCGUUAUAAUCAAAUUGUUCAUCUUGCUAAUUUUUUUUUCGCUGACUGGAUUCGAUAAAACAAUGACGAUAUUUAAAUUGAAGUUUUCUUCGAAAAGUCACGUUCCGUUACAAAUCAAAGCUCGUGGCAAUUCACACGAAAGUUGAUAAAAUUAUCAAAAAGACGUUGAUAAUCGGUCGUAGCCUUAAUUAAUUUUUUAUUACGUCAUCUUUAUGUCAUAAUAUUCGGUAAUUCGGCAACACUGAUACGUACGUCCAACAAAAAAAUAUCUGUAAUUUUAUUUAUUACGAGAUCAGAGUAUUUUUUAAAUUUCAAAUAAGUAUUUUGAACGUAGAUAUCUAUUUUUUUAUCAAUUUUUUUUUUAAAUCUUGAAUGUUGAAUGGGAAAAAAUUACGAAAUUGCUGGAACAAUUGAGAUUGACCAAAGUCUAAUUCUCUUGUAUCUGAUGAUUUGGAUUUUUGAGUUUGAAAUUGAAAAACAACAAAAUGAAGAAAUUAUUGAAUCGAGUCAAAAUUCAAACUCAAGAAACGUUCUUUGUUUUUGGUCUAAUUGAAACAGAAAGAAUUUGUCUUCAUUUCAUCGAAAAUAAAAGUGUUUCUUUCUUCAAUUUUUCCCCCUAAUUUGAACAAUUGAAAUUUUCUCAAUUUCUUCAACUUUGCUAAUUUAAAAUUGUCAAGUAUCUUAUCAUUAUCGUAGAUUGAUACGAAUACCAAAGAUAAUAACGUAAUCACGAGGGCAAAAAGAGAAUAAACGUUUGAAAAAUCAAUAAAGCAGAUACGUACUUGGAAAUUAAAAAUGGAACAGAUAAAUUUUCACUCGAAAGUUUGUUGAAAGUUGUUUUUGUUUGUUUUUUAAAUUACUUAUUUAGCUCAAUUUUUUGUAGUACUUUCAACAUUGUUACUCUUUGUAUGUUAGUUUCGUAUUUCUACUUAUAAAUAUGUGAAAUUUCUUAUUAAUUUUUUUGUUACCUUUUUUUUAAAAAACCGUAGAAAAUGAAGUAGAGACUAGAGAGCUAUAAAGUUAUCAACAAAUCGUGCUUGUGUGAUUAUACAUAUAGAGAACGAUAUGUUGAUAAUAAAAUAAUGCAUCAACAAGUUUAACUUUUACCAUAACUUUUUAGUGAGAAAUUUAUUGAAAAAAAUAGAUACCUUAUUAUAUGUACUAAUUACGUAGGUAAUAGGUAGAUAGAUACGCUACAUCGAAUGGCAAAUUAAUUAUUUUUUAAGAUACUUUUACUAUCUAUACUUACAAAGACAGGGUCAUUUUACAAAUAACCUAGUCAUUAUGUAAAAUGUGCCACAUUUGAAACUUUUUUAAAAAAAAUUUGUAUUACUAUGUAGCGAAAAGUUUCUCAUUCUUUGUUGACAAAAAAAAACGCUUAUACUACUGUACGUUGAACUUUUUUUCUAAACGACGUUAUCGAUUUGUAAAUAGUAAUUUUUAAAGCGUAUUUAAUUUAUUAUUCUCAGAUCACAUUAGAGCAUUUUCCUCCCUUUCCCCUUUCUCCCCUUCCCCUUCCCCUUCCCCUGGCCCUUCUCCUCCUCUUCGAUUAGACAUUUCUAUAAUACGCAUUACGUACUUAAAUAUGCGUUAAUAUUUUGCAUUUUUUUUUCUCUUUUGUAUUUUUAUUGUCGUCGUGUUUUUUUUCUUUUUCUUUCAUUGUGUAACAAUUUUAGGGAUUUUUUUGUGUUUGUGCCGUAUUUUUCUUCUUUUUUUAUCUGCGUGUACAAAAAUAUUUAUUGUAUUUUAUACGUCUUAUAUUACUAUUAUUAUAUUUUUGAAAAUUUGUGAUUCGAGUUUUUUUCUUUUUUUCUUUUCUCUUUAUGUCUCAAAUACAUAAAUUAUUUUGUAUCGUUUAGUUACUUUUUCUUUUUCUUUUUUUUUUCUAUUUUAUAAUCGAUAUUCCAAAAUUUAAUUAUGUAAAUAGUAUAUUAUUAUUUAGUUAUGUGUAAUUACCGGUAUAAAAUAUUAAAGUUGAAAUUUUUUCAA